AUGGUAGUCCCAUUCCUGAUCAAACGAGCCAAAGACAAGAAGAAGAAUGUGAGAGACGCGAUUCUGGCGGCGAUGGCAGCCGUCGCGGAUACGACCUCCGCAGAACGUCUCCAAAAAGACGUCGUCGAAUGGUUCGGAAUUCCAUCGCCCGAAUCGAAACAAACCCUUCUGGCAUUCCUAUUCGCCUAUUGGUGUCGCCAAUUUCAUCCGGAUAUUCCAUUUGUCAAGGCUGUGGCGCCUCUAGUGGUUACGGCCUCUUCUGAAAGUGACGUCACAGUCCGUGAAAAGGCUUGUCAGGCCCUUGGAGCCCUGAAACGACUCAUGGGAGACGCAAUUUCGGCAUUUUUGGUGCCAAUUUCGACGGAAACUGCGAAAAUGGAGAAAAUUCAGCAAUACGUGGGCGAAGCGGCGGAGGAAUUCCAGAAAUUUCAGAAAUCUCAACCAAAAACCGUCGCAUCUUCGAUCAACAAUGGGAUUACUGUAGCCGACGAAGGAUCAUCAGAAGGUCUUCAAACUUCAGAAGGUGCUGCCACGUCAUCCGCCAUGGAUCCAUGGGACAUUUCGGAUCCAGAAGACGUCGCGAAGAAAAUCGAUAAAAGUGUGGAGAGCCAGUUGGUGGAUAAGAAUUGGAAGGAGCGGGUGGCCAGCGGGGAGAGUGUUAAGAAAUCCAUGGACGGUGUUCUCCGCAUCGAAUUGUCGGAACGUCUUCUGGAAAUUCUGAAGACGUUGAUCAAAAUCAUCGAGAAAGACGUCAAUGUGAAUGUGGCAGCACUCGCUGCUUCAAUCCUGACGGAUUGUGCCAAAAAGGCCCGUUUUGCGUUCUCCUCGAUUGCUCAUCGCUCGUUUCCGGUGGUCUUUGAUAAGCUGAAAGAUAAGAAGGCAGUGUUGAGAGACGCGUUGGUCGAGUACUGUGAUGAGGCGGCGAAUACGACCCCCCUCUCCGCCUACUCCGAAUCCAUCAUCACGGCAUUGGCAUCGAAAAAUCCGCAAACACGACAACAGACGGCCUUAUUUUUGGCCCGUUUCUACGCGAAAAACGACAUGAAGACCGUCGAAAUCGAUGUCGUCAAACAGCUCGGCGAGCACAUUCUCAAGACUACCAACGACGCGGAUAAAGAAGUCCGUGAAGCGGCACUUCGAAUUGUUGCCGCCAUUCAAAAAUCGCUGGGUGAGAGUGUGGCGAAGCGACUGAUGGCCGACGUCUAUGACGAUAAGCUGAAGGCUGAAAAAAUUCCCACUAUUAUCGAAGAGCUGGUGAAGGAUUACGGUAGCGCAGCCACUCCAGAAAUGCUCCGCCUCGCAAAACACUACAAAUUGGGCUCCGCCCCGUCUCGACCGCCUCCGACCACGGCUCGACCGGCGCCGACCGCCACCCGACCGCCCUCGACCACAUCUCGAGCGCCAGCCGCUCGAAGCUCCGCCCCCUCUGCUCCAGCGCCCCGCCCAUCAACAGCUACAGUAACCCGUCGAGCGCCAUCUCCCAAAGUUCCGCCCCCGCCGCCAACAGCUACAGUAGCCCCGAAGAAAUUCGUGGCGAGACCGGCGCCGAAUUUUGGGACCACGAAGCCAAAGGGUACUGUAGCCCCGACACCGAUUCCUACGGUACCUGCGAAUCGUCCGGGGGCAGUUGGAAGAGGAGCCCCGCCCACUUCUUUGUCGUCGUCCCGCCCAACGUCAUCUGGAGGACCCGUCCGAAUCCAGCCAGUCAAACCGAAUGUGGUCCGCCGUGUAACUGCUCCAGGAGCAUCUACAGUACCCCCUGGACCCGCCAAACCGAUUGGAAUCGCCCGGCCGAUGACGUCAACGUCUUCUGGAGCCCCCGCGACGUCUUCUAGAUCCAGAAUCGCUGCUCCUUCAUCGUCUCGUCCUGGGACCGCCAGUGGCAUCGCCCGACCACCACCGAAUUCGAGAAUCGCUCGUCCGCCAGGCACCGGCACGUCGUCUCGUCCAGGAUCACCAGCAGCAUAA